CUUUGACUGAUUGGCCAGUCCACCGGUCUUAUUAAAGUAAAAGCACUCUUACUCUGGGACUUACCGCCCAGCAGAUCCUCUAUUAUUGAGCUAACUACAGGAAAGGUCCUCACCGGCCUUUUCGCACAAGCUACACGUGUUUGUGCGAGUGCGCUGCGAUUCCGCGCGCGCGCUUGGCUAUGAGCUAGCAUCAAUUUCCUUCCAAACCUCGGUGCAACGUGGCAGGACAAAAUUAAGCUACAAACACGCAGAUAUUCAUGAGUCUUCGACUUGUCCCGCUUUCGCUUUUCUACUCAAGUCUCGAAAACUGUCUGGGGAAGAGGAUCAUGAAGAGGAUGAGACAUGCAUGGAGGUUUAGCCGGGCCCCGCCCACCUCAAGUUGGUGGCCGUGGCCCGGCUGAAUCCACACGCCGAGCUCUACGUAAGUACACACUGUGCAGCUCAUCAAACGCAAAACGCCAGCUCCCAUGUCCCAUUCAAUCGACACAUGCAUGUAUCUGGUGUGCACACGUAGAGAAAAGCAUAUGUAAUCGAUGCAAUGUGUAUCCCCGUAUGCUGAACUGUCUCAUCCUUUUCAUCCGUUUCGUCUUCCACCGGUCCGUCGCCAGUAAACGGCACGUCACUGCGCGCGAAACUCCUCACGACGAACUCCUCGUCCACCGCCUCUUCUCCUCACAACUCAGAAGGCCAAUUUGAAACGCCUCAGCUGACGGAUCUUCAGGCACACAGUCCAACGGCAGCGAUCCACACAUCCUAUGCUGCCCCUGACGGCUGCUCGAGAUGUCGCUGAUUGUCGCUCACGGCGACGUCACCAGCCCCGCCUGUAAGGGCUCGCCAGGCAGGUACAGAUCGGGAGGGCGCCUCAGGCAACCUGGCGGGUCGAGGGUGACGACGAACGAGGGGCUGGGCAGUGCUAUGGGGUCUGAUCAGUACGAUCAAAGAAAGGUUGCACGUCGUCGUUGAAGAGCGCGGCGGUGCAACACAAGCUGCCCGUGUACGAAGAGCGGCGACAGCUCGGCAGCGACUGAACGAAAAGAACAGGCAAAAAUGGGCUCAUGUUGGCGUCAUAGAGAACCCAUCCUCUUGUUCCUCGCUCACUCUGCAUCACACCAGCUGCUGCCUCUUGGCCCGUGGCUGCGAGAAACGCUCUCUCAUCGACACCGCUCAACCAACCACAUCACUCACUGACUAGUUAGCUGGGCGUGAGGGCAGACGUCUGGGGACACACCGAGCCCCGUCAGGCUCGCCACAAGUGAGCAGCGGCUGAGUGAGUUGGUCAUCUGUCUGCCUGACGCGGUUGGGCGUCACUCGGCGCACCAACUGCUGCAGCCACGACCCCAGAGCCGGGACUCGUGCUCUCGACGUUGCGGCACCGCGCUGCCGGGCGAUAGAUGGCUGUCUCUCCUGCGUUGCCGGCACUUUACUGGAGAGGACGGAAUCGGCCUCACGGCGGGCCGACAUAUACUUGUUGAAGUCAUCUGCACACACACUCAUAUAUAUACAUACGCAUGCGUGAAGGCAUAGUGACUUCCCUCCCUCCAUCCCCUUUCGGUGGCCGCGUUCUCACCUUCCUCGAGGUUAAUCAAGUAGACCCCGUGCUGCUGUAUGGCGUCAGGGCGGACCCCAAUCGCUGAACUGGAAAGGUCAAGAAUGAGGAAUGGCACUCCUGGCGAGAUGCCCAGAGCGUUCCGAAAGCGGUCCUUGGAUGCCUCGACAAGCACGCGUUGCUCCUCAUAAGGCAUGCCGUCUCGGUACUUGGCGUGGGUCUUGGAGAGGGGCAGACGAUAGACGUCGCUUCUCCUCACAGGUCGCCAGACGACCUUGUCCCCCGACUCAACAUCGCCGCGUUUCCCAACAAACAGAGCCACAUCGAUGAAGCCUGGCUUCUCGGGAGGAUAUAUAUCAUCUGACUCGAGCAGUGCCGGCAU